UAAAAAUAUUUGUGUUAGCUCAAUGCCGAUGCAACGACAGCAACAGCAGCAGCACCAGCAGCAACAGAGGGGUGGCUUUACGUUGGUGCAGCUCGUGCCACUCACGCGUCAGUUCCAUUGAAAGUUUCGAGCUGUGCGGCAGCAUGAGCAACUAUUACUCUUCCGAGGAGGACAACAGCUCGCUAUAUUUGGGCAGUCCGAACUUUAAUCUAACGCUGCUCACCAAUGGCAACCAGCAACAGCAGCAUCAGCAGUACGGGCAAGGCAUCUAUCUAACACCAGACUGGCAAUUUCUGGAUCAGACUUUGGAGCAGUCAACUUCACACUAUGACAAUCAGACUACACUGCCGUCGGAGUCCACAGCGCAGCAGCUCAAGAAACGCAAGAGUAGCGGCAGCGGUAGCGUCAGCAUCAGCGGCUCAACUGCAUCCAGCUUGAGUCCUACGGUGCGGAAACGGCGACGCCAAGCGGCCAAUGCACGCGAGCGCAAGCGCAUGAACGGACUCAACGAAGCCUUUGAUCGGCUGCGUGAGGUGGUGCCAGCGCCCUCCAUAGAUCAGAAGCUGUCCAAGUUCGAAACACUGCAAAUGGCUCAGAGCUAUAUAAGCGCUUUAUGCGAUCUGCUCGAGCAUAAUGGUGAGGAUGGUGAAGAUCUGGAUGCUACUUCGUAUACGCUCUUUGACGAAAACAGUUUUCAGCUGCAACAUUAA